UUCUUCCUUUUUUCUUUUUUACUCAAGCAUAAAUCAUGGGUAUUCACGGCCUCACCAAACUCAUUUCAGAACAUGCACCUAGCGCGAUUAAGAGUAAUGAAAUCGCAAGCUAUUUUGGUCGUAAAGUUGCCAUUGACGCGUCCAUGAGCAUUUACCAGUUUAUGAUUGCUGUACGACAACAAGACGGACAAAUGCUUACCAACGACGCGGGCGAAACAACAAGUCAUCUCAUGGGCAUGUUCUAUCGAACAGUUCGAAUGGUAGAAAACGGUAUCAAGCCUGUAUAUGUGUUUGAUGGUCGACCGCCAACCUUGAAGUCAGGCGAGCUUGCAAAACGUAAAGCGCGUAAAGAAGAAGCUCAGGCUAACUUGGAAGAAGCCAAUGAAGUCGGUACUAGUGAAGAAGUAGCUCGAUACACCAAGCGUACUGUCCGAGUUACACAAGAGCACAACGACGAAUGCAAACGGUUAUUGAAAUUGAUGGGUAUUCCAUACGUCGAAGCUCCUUGCGAAGCCGAAGCACAAUGCGCCGAACUGGCCAAGGAAGGACUUGUCUAUGCUGCAGCAUCUGAAGAUAUGGAUACAUUGACGUUUGGCGCACCUACUCUACUUCGUCAUUUGACCUUUUCUGAACAACGCAAAAUGCCCAUUGAUGAGAUCCACUUGGACAAAACGUUAGAAGGAUUGGAUAUGGAUACAAAGCAAUUCACCGACCUGUGUAUCCUGCUUGGCUGUGAUUAUGUCGAUAGUAUCAAAGGUGUAGGCCCUUCGCGCGCCUUUUCGUUGAUCAAGGAGCACAAGGCGAUCGAGGAAGCCUUAGAGCAUCUACCCGAAAAAUUGCGCGAAAAUGUGCCUGAUGAUUGGAAGUUUGGGGAUGCUCGUGAAUUGUUCUUGAAACCAGACGUACGACCGGCAAAGACAAUUGAGCUCAAGUGGGAAGCGCCUGAUGUGGAGAGCGUAGUUGAUUUUAUGGUUAAAGAGAAGGGAUUCAGUGAGGACAGAAUCCGUAAAUCCUGCGAAAAGUUAACCAAGAAUGUAAAAUCAGCAACUCAGAGCCGAAUGAGCGACUUUUUCAAAUCUAAGCCAACAUCAGCACCAGCAAAGCCCAAAGCCGGCAAGCGAGAAACAGAGAGCAAAGCUAAAGGAAACGAUAAUAAGAAGAGAAAAACCCGCAAGUAAAUAACUAUCAAAAGCCUGUCGCUGUAACAGCAACAAAAUGAUAACAUAAUACAUCUUCUGUGCAUAACUUGUUAUUUUCACACUACCUUUCAAUAAAUGUUUUCGCAUGCA